AUGACCACCUCGGCCACGUUCACGACGCCUCCGAGCGUUCACAUCGACCGAGACGCGUUUACAACCGUGAUUAAGGUCCGAGCCAUCAGAGUGCCGACCAGAGAGACGGACGCGGUGCUCCGAGCGCUCAGGGGAUUCGUUUUGGACGUACCAAAGGUGAAAGCCGUCGCGAACGCGAACGCCGGUGAAAAUUUAGUCCUCCUGAGCGCCGAUAAUGUACAAAACUUGGGAGAUUUGGAAGAAAAAGUGCCAAGAGCGAGGCUGGAUGACGUGCGGGAGCGCGUGGGGGGGACGAUCGAGACGACGGAGUACGACGUUCCGCUGACGUAUGAGUAUUUCAACGCAGCGCAAGUGUUGCGAAAGCUCUUGCCGGACGCAAUCGAGGUCCCGAGCUCUUUCGAGACGGUGGGACACGUGGCGCAUAUGAAUUUACGCGAUGAACACGAGGCGCACAAGUAUCUCAUCGGUGCGGUAAUCUUGGAGAAGAACGAGCGGUUGAAGACUGUGGUGAACAAAAUUGGAAGCAUUGAGAGCGAGUUUCGCGUCCCAGAGUGGGAGCUGUUAGCGGGCGAGCCGAGUCUCGUGACUGAGGUGAAGCAACACGGCGCGACGUUUAAGCUCGAUUUCGGGAGUGUCUAUUGGAAUUCACGAUUGGAGACUGAGCAUAAACGGUUGGUGGACUCGUUCAAGGCGAAUGAGGUGAUUUGCGACGCGACGAGCGGUGUGGGGCCGUUUUCGAUACCGGCAUCGCAAAAGGGCAUUCGAUGCUAUGCGAGCGAUUUGAAUCCGGAUUGCGCGAAGUAUCUCAAGAUGAACGCGGUGGAUAACCGCGUGAAGCACUUGGUGAAGUGUUACAACAUGGAUGCUCGCGCGUUCAUCAAGUCGCUCUUGGCAGCUCCGAGCGACUACGACGCGAAUGAUGAGCAGCAAUGGAUGAAGUCAAAGGCCGAAUACGACGCGAAAGUCGCCGAGUUCAACGCGAAGAAGAAAGCCGCAAAGGAGAAGAAGGAGCAAUUUCGUGAGACUAAGCCGGCGAAACUAGAGUGGGCGGCGGAGGACGAAGACGGAACUCCGCCGGCUGGGGCGACGUUCGAUCACAUCGUCACGAACCUCCCUGCAUCUGGGAUAGAAUUUCUGGAUUGCUUGAAAGGAUCGUUCGAUCGACGAGUGUGGGAGGGUCGGGAUCUCCCUAUGGUUCACUGUUAUACCUUCAAGGGUGCGGACGAGACUGAUGAGGAUGUCAUCAAAAGAGGUGGGAAACAUCUUGGAGCUGAAAUCGUCAACGGCGAGGUGAGAGAAGUCCGUGACGUCUCUCCGAACAAGCUGAUGGUUUUGCUCUCUUUCCGAAUGACGCCGGAAGUAGCGUACGACGCGAAGAGGCAGUGCCGAGAGUAG